AUGGCGCACCAUAAUGAGAUAUCCCAACUAACGGCUUCUGUGAUGCUUCAGGUUGAAGAUGUGACCUUGGCGCGCCGAGGCGAGCAAGUGGUCGGCACUCUCCACCUCACCCCUCACCAUAUCAUCUUUUCCCACACUCCUCCUCCUCCCUCCUCCACCGACACGUCUCAGGCUCCGGGCCCUUCUGGCCGGCCUAAAGAGCUCUGGAUUACAUACCCCAUAAUCUCCUUGUGCACCUGCCGCCCCACCCCCGCCGCAUCCCGCCAGCCGUCCUCCAUUCGUCUCCGGUGCCGCGAUUUCACCUUUGUCUGCUUCUAUUUCACCACGGAGAGCAAGGCGCGUGAUGUAUAUGAGACCAUCAAAUGCUGGACCUGUAAAGUGGGCCGCAUUGAUAAGCUGUAUGCGUUCUCGUACCGCCCUCCCCCUCCUGAACUGAAAUUCAAUGGCUGGGAGCUGUACAAUCCUAGCAAAGAAUGGGCUAGACAGGGCGUUGAUCAGGCUGGUUCUGGCUGGCGUGUAUCUCAGCUAAAUGCAGAUUACGGGUUUUCUGCCACGUAUCCAGCUUUGCUACCAGUCCCCUCGGCCAUUUCCGACAAUACACUGAAUCACGCUGGAAAAUAUCGGUCUCGAGCGAGAGUGCCGGUUCUUACAUACCUUCAUCCGGUGAACAAUUGCUCCAUCACACGGAGCUCACAGCCUCUUGUGGGUGUGCGUCAAAACCGAAGUAUCCAAGACGAAGCGUUGCUAGCAGCCAUAUUCUCAACCUCACGCUCAGAGAGACCUCUUGCAAGCUUCACCCCGCCUGGGUUCGAUUCGGAUUCCUCCAAUUCGACCCCAGAAAACGCCUCACGCAGUCAUAUGCUGGCUGAUCUGACUGUCCCUGAUGACUUGGAAGCUGAGAUGUUGACCUCCGUCCGCGGGGAUCCGGAGGAAAGGCCCCAAAUCUAUGGCGCCCAACAGCACAAUCUCAUUGUUGAUGCUCGUCCUACGGUCAAUGCCUUCGCCAUGCAAGCUGUUGGACUUGGAUCGGAAAACAUGGACAACUACAAGUUUGCCACGAAGGCUUACCUUGGAAUUGACAAUAUCCAUGUGAUGAGAGACUCAUUGAGCAAGGUGAUUGAUGCGCUCAAGGAUUCGGAUGUAACUCCACUGGGCCCCAAUAAAGACCAGCUUGCACGGAGUGGAUGGCUAAAGCACAUUUCCGGAAUCCUAGACGGUGCUCGGUUGAUUGCUCGGCAGGUUGGGCUUCAACAUUCGCACGUCUUGAUUCACUGUUCAGAUGGAUGGGAUCGUACGAGUCAGUUGAGUGCAUUGAGCCAAAUCUGCCUCGAUCCUUACUAUAGGACGAUGGAAGGCUUUAUGGUACUGGUGGAGAAAGAUUGGCUUUCUUUCGGUCACAUGUUCAGACACAGAUCAGGCCAUCUGAACAGUGAAAAGUGGUUCCAGAUAGAGAACGAGCGAAUUGGAGGAGAUUCUAACCAAAAUAUGAAGAAGCCUAACAAUGCUAUACCCAGAACUGCAGCAGCCGAAAAGGAAGUCGUGAAAGUGAAGGAGACGAGUCCAGUCUUCCAUCAGUUCCUUGACGCAACCUAUCAGUUGCUAUACCAAUAUCCUACCCGAUUCGAAUUCAACGAGCGGUUCCUGCGCCGGCUCUUAUACCACCUCUAUUCAUGCCAAUUUGGAACCUUUCUCUUCAACAGUGAGAAGGAACGCGCAGAUUGGAACGCGAAGGAACGAACUCGGAGCGUGUGGGACUACUUUCUGGCGAGGAGGGAGCAGUUUACCAACCCACAGUAUGAGCCUCAGAUCGACGACCAUAAGCGUGGGCAAGAACGACUGAUCUUCCCCCGAAUCAACGAGGUCAGAUGGUGGAGUGAGUCGUUUGGUCGAACCGAUGCGGAGAUGAACGGCGUGCGAUCCUCUGGUUCUAGGCCACCCAAUGGGCGUGAUGCCACUAGUACUCAGCCGUCGCCAGUGUUGACCGGCAUUGAAACCGCCAACCAUUCUCUCGGCGCUGGAUCGUCUGGGAAAGAUGCCUUGAAUGCGGCCUCCACUGGAAUGGCGGCAGUAACCGCAGGAAUCUCGAAUUUAGCCUUCUCUAAGAGCAAAGAGGACGGGCAGGAUUCUAAGAGCAUAAAUCGCAUGGAAAUGGAGAUGCAGUAG